AAAAUCAAAUCGUAUAUGAAACGUGAUUGAUAAGAUGUGGUCAUUGUACUUGCUGUUUUGAUUUUUAAUUAAAAUAAUAAAGUGAUAACAAAGGGAUUGUUUUUGGAAACUCAUUAGACCUUAUGAAAAUAUUACAAUACUUGAAAUAAAAAUGUUGGGAGGAGUUAAGCUUAAAGUGGCAUAUACGCACGAAAAAACUUGCUUUGCUUAUAUCAGUCCAAAGUACAGUACAAAUAAUGAACAGACUCAAUGUGUCCAAGUGCUGUGCAGAGACAAACAGAUCCUGUUAUGGGUGGUAUUCCACAGUGGUGUUCCGGAAGGCCACAUAGCUUGCAAUCCGAUAUACGGUCGGAUGAUAGGGCUGGAGGAGGGAUUUGAAGCCUUUGUGUCUCCAUAUUCUGACCUGAAGGUGUUAGAUGAGCUAUAUGUGGAGACUGAUAGCCCUGAUGAUCAGGAGAUACUGGAGCACAAUGUAGAACUAUUACAAAUGCGCAUAUUAGAUCAGCUGCGCCUUGUAGUGUCCAAUCAGAAGACUGUAGUAUGGAUCUCAGCAUCAUUACCUGUAGUCUUCACACCCAAACAGACGGGCAUUCUAGUCAACCAUAGCCAAAUUAUUGUCAAAAUGGAUGCUUUCAAUAGCCUUCACAACUACCCAGCAUUGCCAGUCACUGCACCUAAAGAAAAUGAAGAGUUUAAGAACAUAGGAGCUAUAAACAAGGGCAUGCUGGCUCCAUACUUAAAUGCACCUACAAAAUUAGUUCUCCGAGCUGUUCCAAUUGACAGUGAUGGCAAAAGGAACUUGAUACAUCCCUACACAGUAUUCAUUCAUGAGGAUAUUAUAGAGGAGAAAUAUAAGAAUCUAACAAUAAUUCUAUCUACAAUGUCUAGUAUACCUUCUAUUUUAAGCAAUGAUGAUGAUGCUGAGAAUAAUAAUGCGCCCAUCCAUGAUGUUGGAGUGGAGAUAGUGCCUAUAGACUCCGUGAUCUACAGAAGUUUGUGCAGAGAAGUGCACAACAGAAACAUACCAACAGUACUUAUACCAAAGGCUUUAAAUGCCAUAAUUAAUGUUGAAAACGGAAUGAGAAUCAUCUUCAGUAUUAUUGGAGACAGAGUAGAACAGCCUGAUCACAUUGAUAUAGUGACUUAUUCAGACCAACAACAGUCGGAAAUGGAUAUUGUAGAGAAAUUCAAGAACUGUGUUAUAAGUAGUACGCACUCAGGCAAAAAGUUCCUCAUAAAUAAUGGUUUGAUAAAACAGAACAAUGAAAUCUGUAGUGGUUUCCUCCAAUUCAAAUUAAAACCAGAGAAAAUGAAAUUCACAAUGCUGAAUUCUGAAUCUUUUAGGACUUGCAGUAUAGCAGCCAAAUGUCUAAGUGAUACAGACAUGGCUUUGCCAAAAGCAUUAAUUUCGAAAUUAGAUUAUGACUAUAAAUAUUACUGUAGAACAAUGAAAUCUAUGGAGGAUUUGGUCCAAAAAGUUUUGGCGCAUUUAAAUUUCGAGAUACAUAGAGAAGCCACUUUUAAAGGUGCUUCAGAGAUCAAGAGUAAUGUUUUAGUUACUGGAUUGAGUGGCACAGGAAAAUCCUCAUUUUGCCAGAUAAUUCAGAAGGAACUGACAGUUUGGACUCAUAUUCUUCAUUGCCGAUCUCUAAGAGGUCGUAAGGACGUAUCUGAAGUGCUUGGUAAAGCAAUCCUGAUGUGUCAGGAGCACAGCCCAGCUGUCCUGAUCUGUGAUGAUGUGGAUGCACUGGUGCCACCCAAUUUGGAAGGCGUUUCGCCUCAGGAUAUUGCGUAUUAUCAGAGGUUAGCAGUGGUAAUAAAGCACCUGCUGCAGACGUGUACGGGUGUGUGCGUGUUGAUGACGGCGCUCAGUACCAAGGACCUGCAUCCCACGCUGCGACAGUUCAGCGGGAAGCCAUUGUUCACUGCGCAGUUCGAUAUACCGGAGUUAGAGAAGAGUGAAAGAAUAGAGUUAUUCAAGCACUUGCUAACAGACAAGAUUCGCCAAGAGUUUGAGGUGGAGGACGAUGACGUCAUCAAGCUGGCCAUCGACACCGCCGGCAGUAGCAUCAGGGAAAUCAACGACUAUCUCAACAAGAAGAUAUUUAAAGCUGUUAAGAAGAAAAAAUCGAACCCAGAUGUGCCCAAGCCUCGUUUGGUAGAAGACAUAACGAAGGAUGAAGAGAAAGCCAAUGAGUUCGAUAUCUGGGGUCCCGUGGGAGGGCUGGAGGAGGUCAAGCAAGAGCUCACCGAGUGUAUAUUCUGGCCUAUCAUGUACCCAGCCCUCUUCCCAUCUCAAUCAUGCGGCAUCCUGCUAUACGGCCCCCCGGGUACUGGCAAGUCCCACAUCGGUUCGUGCCUCGCUCGCCUCGCCAACAUGAACAUGAUCACUGUCAAGGGACCCGAACUGCUCUCCAAGUACAUAGGACAGAGCGAGAAGGCUGUCCGGGAUAUAUUUGACAAAGCGGACAUGAAGAGGCCGUGUAUAUUGUUCUUCGACGAGUUCGACAGUCUCGCGCCCAAACGCGGGCACGACUCCACAGGAGUGACGGACAGGGUAGUGAACCAGCUGCUGUCCCGGCUGGACGGCGCGGAGGGCGGCGCGCGCGGGCCCGUGCUGGCCGCCACGUCGCGCCCCGACCUGCUGGACCCCGCGCUGCUGCGGGCCGGCCGCCUGCAGCGACACGUCUACUGCGCACUGCCCGAUGCCGAAGGCCGUCACGAGGUUCUCCGAACGUUAACUCAGAACGUUCGCGUGGAUGAGGCGGUGGACCUGCGGGACCUGGCGGCGCGGACCGACGGGUAUUCGCCCGCCGACCUCAAGUCCAUACUCGUCACUGCGCAACUCACGAGGCUGGAAAACCAACUGGCGACGAACGAGGAGAAGUCGAUGGAAUCGGUGGUGGUGUACAAGGAGGACAUCGAGAGUGCCUUAGCGGAGACCAAGCCUUCGCUCUCCAUGCAACAGAGACUGUUCUACGAUAUGAUAUACAGAAGAUUUCGAGGUGAGAGUCUGACUCCGGAACAGAAGAUGUUGUCCAGCUUUCAAGGGAAACAGAGAGUAACGCUAGCUUAAAGCUAUCUUCUACACUUGUUUCACAUUGCAGCAACAUCUAUUGUAUGAAAUAAACACAUAAACAUAAGUGAAAUAAAGAAUAGACAAUGAAUUACUUGGAGGUAUAUUGCUACAAAAUAUCAAGAGACCAAAGAAGAAGAAUUACUAUGGAAGUAGGCUUCAUGGGAAUUACGUAUACUGCUAUUAUAUACACAAUACGCAAUGAACCCGAAACUAAUAGCAAUGUGAGGUAACACAUGGCAAGUGACAGGUGAUAGACAAUGGAUGACUUCAUAAAUCCUACAUCACACAUAUCAAGUAUACAUGCGAAUAAACAUGGAUAGGAAAACUGGAACCUGUUACAUUCUGUUCCCUAAAAAUGCAAUAGUUCCAAUUCCAAUUUAUUAACAGACUAAUUAAAUGUUUGAAACUGCCUUUGAAUAAGUAUUUAUUUAACUUUGAUGAAUGUAUUGAAUUUCUAACUACUGAGUUGAAGGAGUAUUAAUUUACAAAUGUAAAAAAAAUGUUCUCAUAAUAUAAACACACAUAAUAUAUUAACCCAUAUUUAUAUGAUCUUAGUGUAUCCAAAUAUGCUGUAAUAAUAUCACUAUAUAAAAAGAAAAACAAAGUAGAUAUAGUAAUAAAAUUGAGCUUUUAUGUAGAAAUAAUAUUGCUGAACAAAAGAUUUAAACAAUUUAAGAAAUACGACUGUCUAUUGUAUUUUACAUCUUUAAUGUAUGUAACCAUUUAUAAAUAUUUCCCUUUCACCCUUUUAUAUACAAUCUACAGUUUUGUAUUUAUUAAAAAUGUAAAGACUAGUUUCUUUUUAAUCAAUUGUUUUUAAUAACUUGGGUUACUUACAAUUUGAAAAAAUAAGUUAUUAAAAUUAGAGGAAUAUUGGGAUAUUUUGAAAAUGUAAUUAUGUGAUUUCAUCGUUGUUGUGAAUUCGUAAUGGUGGACAGUCAAUAUAUCUAUAACUUUCGUGAGACAUACUAAAUAAAUUAUUAUGUUAUCGGCUUACUCACGCAACUGUUUGACGAGGAACUCGACUAGUUUCAAGCCAUGCUAGAGGCUCAUAUUCAUGAGCAGCAUUCCGAGACACACGACGCGGUGACUCGCUGCUAGAUUAGCGUAAUUUUAAUAUUAUGAGUAAGCCGAUAACAUAAUAAUUAAUUUAGUCAAUGCUAGGGACACAUAGAUUGUUUAUUAGUGCACUUAUUAAUUAAUAUCAAUGUAACUUCAUGUAACACAAUAGCUGAAUUUUAUUAUUUUUAGUGAAUUUUAAGUACAUAAUAUAUUAAAUAAGUAAUCUUUUUAUUUAUGGGCUUAAAAAUCAUUCUUCCGUAGUAUGUAUAUUGAAGUAUGACGUCUUUAUUUUUUAAUACUGCCAUUGUUCUCAAGUGCUGCUAAUGUGAGCCCAAAAAUGCUUAAAGCUGUGAUGAAUAGUAAAAAUAAAUAAAUAGGUGCUAAGGCUACAUAAUAUAUUGUUAAGCGCACAUACUUAAAUAACUUAAGUUGAUUUGUUUGUAUAUUUUGUUGCGAAUUUUCUAUUUUUUAUUUAUAAAAUUAUUAUGGUUGAAUCGGUUUCUAUAA